AGGAGCAUGCUCCCGGGAGCAGUGGAGGCCCCGGACUGGCAUUGGGACAUGCAGCUGACAGGCAGAGUGCUGCUGUCGGCCGCCGCCCUGCUCCUGGUGACCGCAGCCUACAGACUGUACAAGUCGAGGCCUGCCUCGGCGCAGCAGGGGAGUGGCAAUGCCAAGGCCAAGGCCGAGGAGGAAGCAGAGGGCUCUGGGCAGCCUGUCGUCCAGGGGGCUCCUGCAGGUGCACGGCAGACGGGGCCGAGACGCCGGAGGGUCAGCCAGGGCGGCAGCUGUGAGGAUCCAGGAGUCCUGGCCUCGGAAGCUUCUUCCAGAGACGGGAGGCCCCAGAGCAAAGGCUCCAGGGAGGAGCCGCCGGGCAGGUGGCACCCAGACUCGGAGCAGGUGCCUCCUCGCUGCCGUGGCCGCGAAGCAGGAACAACGGUUGGCGGUAAGCCCAGCCCUCCCCACUGCCUCCCGCAGAGCAGUGAACCCGAAAGCCGCCCAGCUGGACUCGCAUCAGCGGCCGCGGACGGCAGCGGUGUGGGUGGUGAGCCUGUUCCCCGGGGGGGCGGCAUGGUGCCGGGGCAGCCGGGUCCAGGGGAGCGGGAACCCUGCCGCCAGCAUUGCAUGGCCCCUGCAGCAGGCCAUGGUGACAUGAAUCCGACCUGGGUCUUCACCCGCGUGACGGGGGUCAGCAGGGAAGAGGCCGGGGCCCUCCAGGCGGCGUCUGACUUGGGCCUGGCCCUGCACCAGCAGGAGGGCGCUACCGACGCCUCCUAUACCUUCUCGUCGGUGGCUCGGGUCCGCGUGGAGGAGAAUUUCAUUCAGCAGGUGGAGGGGAGGGGGCUCGGGCUGAAGGGCAAGGUGUACGAUUACUACGUGGAAUCCACCUCGCGGGCCGUGUCCAGGCGGGCCCCCCAGACAGCAGCCUUGACUGAGGCUCCUCCCCCAGGGGCACUGCCAGGCCCCCCCAGAGCAGGGGUAGCCUCCAGAGGCCCGGAGCAGAACACGGAAGAUGGAGCGGAAGCAGCCGCCUCCCCACCGCCUGUGCGGGCGCCCUCCGCACGCGGCUUCAGCAGGAAGGAGAGCCUCCUGCAGAUCGCCGAGAACCCAGAGCUGCAGCUCCAGCUCCGGAGCUUCGCUGCCCCGGCUCCGCCCAGCCCAGCCCAGGACGCCGAGGCCGGCUCAGCCGGAAGCAGCGGCGAGCCCCACGUGCAGCUCGUGGCCGGGACCAAUUUCUUCCACGUUCCGCUCACCCCCGCUUCGGCCCCAGACAUCCGCCUGGAUCUGGGCAAUUGCUACGAGGUUCUGACCUUGGCCAAGAGGCAGAACCUGGAGGCCCUCAAGGAGGCGGCCUACAAGGUGAUGAGUGACAACUACCUCCAGGUGUUGCGCAGCCCGGACAUCUACGGCUGCCUGAGUGGGGCGGAGCGGGAGCAGAUCCUCCAGCGGCGGCUCCGCGGCCGCAAGUACCUGGUGGUGGCCGACGUGUGCCCCCAGCGCGACGCGGGCCGCCUCUGUUGCUAUGACGACGCGCAGGAUGCCUGGCACCUGCUGGCCCACUUGCCCCCUGAGGCUGUGUCCCGGGGCUGUGCCAUCUGCAGUCUCUUCAAUUAUGUCUUCGUGGUGUCCGGCUGCCAGGGGCCGGGACGCCAGCCCUCCAACCGCGUCUUCUGUUACAACCCCCUGACGGGCAUCUGGAGCGAGGUGUGCCCUCUGAACCAGGCCCGCCCGCACUGCCGGCUGGUGGCCCUGGCCGGGCACCUGUACGCCAUCGGGGGCGAGUGUCUGAACACCGUUGAGCGCUACGACCCUCGGCUGGACCGCUGGGACUUCGCCCCGCCACUCCCCAACGACACCUUCGCCCUGGCGCACACGGCCACGGCGUGCGCCAACGAGAUCUUCGUCACCGGGGGCUCCCUGCGCUACCUGCUGCUCCGCUUCUCGGUCCGGGAGCAGCGCUGGUGGGCCGGCCCCACGGGGGGCAGCAAGGACCGCACGGCCGAGAUGGUGGCGGUCAACGGCUUCCUCUACCGCUUUGACCUCCACCGCAGCCUGGGCAUCGGCGUGUACCGCUGCAGCGCCAGCACCCGGCUCUGGUACGAGUGCGCCACGGCCCGGACGCCUUACCCGGACGCCUUCCAGUGCGCCGUGGUGGGCGAGCGCAUCUACUGCGUGGGGCCCCGGCGCACUCUCUGCUUCCUGGCCAACCACAUCUCGCCCCGGUUUGUGCCCAGCGAGCUGCAGAGCUUCCCCGCCCCCCAGGGCACCCUCCUGCCGACCGUCCUGACCUUGCCCGCCCCUGAUGUGCCUCAGACCAGCGUCUAGCAGUCCCCUGCCGGGCUCCUUGUGCCAAACCAGGAGGCAAGGAGUGGCGCCUGCCGGACCCGUCACUCUGUGGGCUGCGCCUGAGCCAAGAGCUGCCCAGGAAUUUGGCCAUCAGGAGGCGAAUCCUGAUCCUCCCUCCUCACUCGCUGGGGGGUCUCGGAGGCGUCGUCACCCUUGGUGGGCUGCAGGGUCCACUGUGGAAGACAGGAGCCCGGGCCUGGGGCCCCUGGGCAGAAGGCAUCACAUCGCUCUGUAACCUUGCAUCAGAUCUGGAUUUCCGGGUUGAGGGGGAUACACCAGGACCCCAGCAGAGCUCAGGGGCCUGGGGGCCCCUUCCAAAGCCUGGGCCGCUGGGCCCCAGCUCGGUGGUUCCCAGAGGCCCCUGGAACACACCAGUGGGGGAAAAAUACCAAGGCAGGUGGCUCUAGCAGGACCAGGAAGGAGCCCGGGCCAGGGCGGUGGGGGCUGAGGAGCAGAACAGCACAGGCGGAAGCAGCCCCCGGGGACUGUGGCUUGCAGGGCACAUUGACCAAAGCCGGCUUUUGUUCUGCUCAUUACCUGGACGGAAGAGAAGCAUCCACUUUAAUGAGCCCUCUUCCUGGAGAGGUCUGUUCAGAGUACAGCUCGCCCCGUAAAUGAGGUCUCCGGAGCACGAGGGGAAGACCCCUCUGAGCCCGGCCCAUGCCCGCUGCACUGGGCCUGGGUCUCAGGAUCCAUCCGGGCAACCCAGUCCUCCUGUCCAGAAGCUGGGACACCACCACCACUCAGCACCCCUGUGCCGUGGGGUCGUCGCUUGCCCCCUUCGGACAGGAGAGCGGCGCACGAUGGAGCUCAGGAGCCCCGGAGCCCAGCCGCAAGCCAGGGAGGUGGGAGGAGCACCAGGGCAAGGCUGGCAAGGCCAAGUUCAACACUCAGGCCUGAGAAUCUCCCAGGAUCCCACGGGGGUGGGGAGGGUGGCUUCGGCCAAGACUCAGAGGCGGUGCUGGUGUAGUGGCAGCAGCCUGGGCCGGUGGCGGCGAGGGGAGGCGGAUGUUUGGGAGGAGAGCCAGUCGGGGAGCUGGGGGCGGGUAGAGCCAGGCGUGCCGCUGGCGAGGAGCCCAGCGAGGACAGGACGGCCACCAAGCAGGUUCACUUGCAGGACUGGCUCCAGCCCGGUUGCACACCCAUGGUGGGGACCAGGAAAGUGGUUCCAGGGACAAGGCAGCAAAAUUUGUUGGAGACCUCAGUGGCUGGUGGGUGUGGCCUUCGUAAUGAGAGGAGAGCAGAGAUCGGGCCUGGGCUGAGAAAUGAUGUCCACCGGGCAUCUCAUCUGCCUCCCUGAGAGUCUCACAGCAGACAUCACUAAUCAAACACCGUAUCUUUCCCUGAUGGGCCCCAGCUGUCCCAACACAGUGUCCCAGGCAGCCACUGCCCUUAGAUCAGAGCUGGUGCAUUUGUCGUCACUGGCCUGUUCUCUGGAGCUGGGUUUAGGGCUGCAUGAGGUCGGGGCCAUCACGGCAGAGUAAGGUGGUUCAGGAGCCCCGGGAAGCCCACGGUGGUCAGGAUUCCUUGUGCGUGGGAAGUAAGUGGAAUGUUCUAGGUCCUGCCUGAUGGAGCUCACAUUCCCGUGGAGAAAGGCAGGCGAUUUUAAAAACAAACGCAGAACGGAAUAGACAGAAGCUGUGCCGCAUUAGGAGAAAGACAAGGUAGGACAGGAGAACGGGGCGAGGGCAUUGCUCCUUUAAACAGUGGGGGCCACGCCCCUCUGAGAAGGUCACCACGGAGCAGAGACCUCUGGGGCUGGGGCAGGGGAGGGGCAGGCGCCCAGCCGUCCAGCGCCAGCAGGUGUGCAGGGCUGCAGCUGAGGGGUAGGAAGAGGGCAGGGGCCCAGCUGUCCUGGCUCAGUCUUUGGUGGAAGGGAAAGAAUUCAAUGUCCACGUUCACACAGCUCCGAGACUCCUUGGAGAGAAAGAAGCCAGCGACGUUCCCGGGAGAGAAGCCGAGUUCGCCCACAUCGGGGUCAGCACCAAGCUCAUUACCGGGGUGUCACCGUUACCAUUAAGUGGCUUCCUGUCCCACAGCCUGGGUGGGGUCUGCCGACCUCAGAGCGGCUGGUGUGUCGCUCCGUCUCCCGUGUGUCUGCCGUGCCCUCCCCACAAGCCCUAUUUCUUCUGCAGU